AUGAGCGAGAAACAACACCAAUUUAGAAAUAAUAGUACCACAUCCAAUGAAACAGUCUUUACAAAUAAUGAAAUUGAAGAAAAACAUAUAACAUUUAAUAAUAAUAUAGAAUAUGAAAAAGAUAAAAAUUAUAAUGGUGGUAUUAGGUUUUCAGAAAAGUCGGUGCCUGAAACACCAGCAGAAAGUGUAAAUAUAAAUUUAAAAAAUUUAGAUUCAAAAGAAUUAGCUGAAAAAUUAGGUGAUGCUCAUUUUAAUCAAUUACCAAGUUCUCAAAUAAUAUUAAUUUUAUGUACAUUAGCUUUAGCUAAUUUUGUAAGUUUUGCUGAUCAAACAGGUAUAACAGUUGGAUUAACAGAAAUUGGAAAAUCUUUAAAUACUCAACAACUGAUCAAUUGGGCUGGUUCUGCUUCAUUAUUAGCAAACACUGUUUGUCAAGUUUUAUUUGGUAGAAUGUCAGAUAUUUUUGGUAGAAAAAAUGUUAUAAUGACAUGUCUUUUAAUAUUAUGUAUUGGUGAUAUUGCAUGUUCUGUUGCUCGUAAUGGUGUUGAAUUUUUUAUUUUCAGAGCUUUAGCAGGAAUUGGUAAUGGAGGUGUUUCAAGCUUAAGUAUGGUUAUAUUAAGUGAUAUUGUUUCAUUAAAGGAUAGAGGUAAAUUUCAAGGUAUUUUGGGAUCUUCUGUUGGUAUUGGUAAUGCUGUUGGUCCAUUUCUUAUGUCUGCUUUUAUUAAAAACUCAAGUUGGAGAAGUUAUUAUUAUUUUUUAGCACCAUUGUCAUUUGUUGUGAAUAUUGUAUUAUUUUUUUCAUUGAAGAACAACAAAAAAUUAAAUGAUGUUUUAACAAGAUCAGAAAAAUUUAAAAAGAUUGAUUAUUUAGGUAUAUUAACUGCGACUAUUGGUUUAACAUUGAUAUUAGUUCCAUUAAAUGGCGGUGGUUCAACUUAUAGAUGGGAUAGUACUUUAGUAAUUGUUAUGUUUGUUAUUGGUGGACUUUUUAUGUUGUUAUUUUUAGGAGUUGAAGCUAAAUUUGCAAAAUUACCAAUGGUUCCUUUAAGAUUAUUUAAAAAUUUUUCAUUAUGUUUAAUUUACACUGCAACUUUCUGUUUUGGUGCCACAUAUUUUAGUUUUACAUAUUAUUUACCUUAUUAUUUUCAAAUCGUUAAAGGUAAAGAUGAAUUGCAUACAUCAAUCUUUAUAUUACCAUUGGUGUUGUGUCAAGCUGGUAUGUCAGUAGUUGCUGGUCAAAUUAUUUCCUAUACUGGUCGUUAUAGUUAUGUUGUCAUGGCUGGUUAUGUACUUUGGUGCUUGUCAUGUUGUCUUUUGGUUUUAUGGAAUCAACAUUUACCUGAUGGUAUUAAUAUCUUAAUUUUGCUUAUUAUGGGAUGUGGAGUUGGUUUCACAUUUCAACCAUCCAUGGUUGCAGUUCAAGCUCAUUGUAAAAAAGCAGAAAGAGCAGUUGCAAUAUCAACUAGAAAUGUUCUAAGAUCAUUAGGUGGUUGUGUUGGUAUAGCUAUUGGUUCAACUAUUGUAAGUAAUUCAGUUUUAAAUUCUUUAAAUCAUUUAGGUCCAAAAACAACUUUAUCAAAAGAAACAAUAAAUUAUAUUAAGAAUCAUAUUUAUAAUAAAAUAAAUACAUCAACAUUAUCGAUUCAAGAAGCUGACGAAAUUAAAUCAAUUUAUUCAAAUGCAUUAAAAAAUUAUUAUUAUUUCUUAAUUCCAUUGAUGUCAAUUGCUGUUAUUACAACGUUUUUUGUUAAAGAUAAUGGAUUAUGUGCAAUUGAUGAAAAACCACCAACUCCAAAGAGAGAAGAUUUAGAAUCUUCUGCAAGUUCAAUGACUUUAAAACCAUAA